UCUAUAUGGAAGAUGUCAUGAUGAGGAGAUUGCUGUUCGUAUCACUGAUUUCUUCAGCACUCCUUAUAAUUCGUGGUCAAGAUAACUUAUUAGAUAAUUCAAAAAAGGAAGACGAAAAUAAUUCAUCAUGUACAACUCAAGAAUGCAAGGAUAAAGAAUUCUUAGCCUUGUUUGGUCAAAUGAUAGUCUCAGAAACCGAAGCUCCACCGAAUACGUAUCCAGCAAAUCUGGUUCCACCAAUGGAGCCUCCACCGAAAAGAAAAUCAUUACUUUUUGACUUAAUUUCUUUGGCUGUAGACGCAAAAAGAGCACUGUUUGGACUUAAUAUAAAGAAAUCUUAAAGGCAAUACAAUAAAAAGACUUAAAGGUA